AUGCCCGUCGUAAAUGUCGAGGAUCUGGUCCGUCUUCAACGGAAACCCGAUGACAUACGGAAUAUAUGUAUCUUAGCUCACGUUGAUCAUGGCAAAACAUCUCUAACCGAUAGCCUUAUCGCCACUAAUGGCAUCAUCUCACCAAAGCUGGCGGGCAAGAUCCGCUAUCUGGAUUCUCGUCCAGAUGAACAGCUUCGAGGUAUUACCAUGGAGUCGUCGGCGAUCUCUUUGUUCUUUUCGAUGAUGCGUCGUCCUGCUCCCGACGCUGCUCCGGUAGCCAAAGAGUACUUGAUCAACCUUAUCGACUCCCCGGGACAUAUCGACUUCAGCAGCGAGGUCUCAACAGCUUCUCGUCUGUGUGAUGGGGCCAUUGUCCUAGUCGAUGCUGUAGAGGGUGUGUGCAGUCAGACAGUCACUGUACUGCGCCAGAGCUGGGUCGAGCAGUUGAAACCAAUUCUGGUUAUAAAUAAGAUCGACAGACUGGUUACUGAAUUAAAGAUGAGCCCCAGCGAGGCUUACUCGCAUAUGAGCAAGCUGUUGGAGCAGGUCAAUGCAGUCAUCGGUAGCUUCUACCAAGGUGAGCGAAUGGAGGAAGAUCUCCAGUGGCGAGAGCGCAUGGAAGAACGCGCCAAUGCGGCGGCCGAGAAAGAUCGCACCAAGAAGCAAACGCACGAUGAUGAAUCCACCAGUGCAGAUGCUGCUGAAUAUGUAGAGCGAGAUGAUGAGGACCUUUACUUUGCCCCUGAGAAGAACAAUGUCAUCUUUUGCAGUGCUGUGGACGGGUGGGCCUUCACCAUCCGCCAAUUCGCCGCUAUUUACGAAAAGAAGCUCGGGAUCAAGCGUGCAAUUCUUGAGAAAGUCCUUUGGGGAGACUACUACUUGGACCCCAAGACAAAGCGAGUUCUGGGCCAAAAACAUCUUAAAGGACGAGCUUUGAAGCCGAUGUUCGUUCAAUUGGUUUUAGACAGUAUCUGGGCUGCAUACGAAGCUACCACGGGUGGAGGUAAAGGAAAAGGUGACCCUGCUCUAUUGGAGAAAAUUACAAAAUCUCUGAAUAUCAACAUCCCGGCAUAUAUUCUACGAUCUCGGGAUCCGAGGAAUAUAAUGACAACACUAUUCUCUAUGUGGCUCCCUCUUUCAACUGCAGUGCUCGUGUCUGUUAUUGAAUAUCUUCCUAGUCCCCGAGCUGCCCAAGAAGCCCGGUUACCGGCCUUGAUUGAAGAGUCACCUGGCUCAGACUUUGUGGAUAAAAAAGUGAAAGAUGCAAUGAUCAAUUUCAAGACGGGGUCGGAUGAACCUGUGGUAGCAUAUGUCAGCAAGAUGGUUGCCAUUCCGGAAAGUGAACUGUCGUCAAGCAAAAAACGUUCCGGUGCGACCAUGUCGGCGGAUGAGGCCCGAGAGAUUGCUCGGAAAAAGAGAGAGGAAAUAGCCAAAAUGCAAGCGGAGGCCAACGGUGAACAGCAGGACGACGGCUAUGCGCGAAUCACUUCUGCCUUUGAAAAUGUUACCAUAGACGACAAUAACCAAGCGCCGGAAGAGGACGAAAAGGAAGACCCAGAGCACCUGAUAGGUUUUGCACGACUAUAUUCAGGAACCCUUUCAGUGGGUGAUUCUGUCUACGUCCUCGCCCCGAAGUUCUCACCGGAAAACCCGAACGCGUCUCCCGUGCCACAGAAGGUGACUGUCACAGACCUGUAUCUUCUUAUGGGACGAAGUCUCGAGCCGCUCAAGUCUGUCCCCGCCGGUGUUAUCUUUGGCAUCGGAGGCCUUGCAGGCUAUGUGUUGAAGACCGGAACUUUGUGCUCACAGCUCGAGGGAAGCAUUAACCUGGCGGGUGUUUCCCUCAAUACUCCACCUAUCGUACGAGUCGCUCUUGAGCCAGCCAACCCUGCCGAUCUGGGCAAGAUGGUCACCGGUCUGCGACUCCUGGAACAAAGCGACCCAUGCGCGCAGUACGAUGUGCUCCCCAACGGUGAGCAUGUCAUCCUGACAGCCGGCGAACUGCAUCUCGAGCGUUGCUUAAAGGACCUUCGCGAACGUUUUGCCAAAUGUGACAUCCAGACAGGCGAAACCAUCGUACCAUACCGCGAAACCAUCGUCAGUGCACCGGAAAUGGCUGCACCGAAGAACCCAGAUUUGGGACGGGGAGGUGUUCUGGCAGUUUCAGCAUCGAAGCAGUUGUCUAUCCGGCUACGCGUUGUGCCUCUGCCUGAAGCCGUGACUGACUACUUUACUAAACAUGUCGGAACUAUCAAACGACUACAAUCUCAGCGGCACACAACAGCAGAGGACAAGGCAGCCAACGGAACCCCAGAGGGGACACAGCAGGUAGAGACGGGUGAUGCAACAGAUGAAGCCCGCGAAGGAAGUAUACUCUCUCUCAAGGACUUCAGGGACGAACUGAACAAGAUCUUCGACGAAGAAGUAAAAGAAGACAAGGAACUGUGGAAGGACGUCGUGGAUAGAAUCACUGCCUUCGGCCCAAGACGAGUGGGACCGAACAUCCUCGUCGAUGCCACCGCAGUCAACACGUGCGAGAAAUUUUUGCUGGAAGACCCCAAACAACAGCCCACGGUCAACACAGAAACCAGCAGCCGCGAAGCCCUGAUCGUGCGUGACUUCUGUGACAAGAUCACAUAUGCCUUCCAACUGGCAACCGGCCAGGGUCCUCUCUGUCAAGAGCCCAUGCAAGGAACGGCCGUCUUCUUAGAGGAGAUAGCUGUUAAUGCCAGCGAGGAAGAACUUGAUCUCGGUCGCCUGACGGGCGAGGCAAUCAGACUGGUCCGUGAGAGCAUUUCUCAGGGAUUCCUCGACUGGAGUCCUCGAAUCAUGCUCGCCAUGUACAGUUGUGAAAUUCAAGCAUCGACUGAAGUCCUCGGCCGUGUUUACGGUGUAAUCACCCGUCGUCGCGGUCGCAUCCUCUCCGAGACCAUGAAGGAAGGAACACCGUUCUUCACAAUCCUGGCCCUGCUCCCCGUUGCCGAAUCUUUCGGAUUCGCUGAGGAGAUUCGUAAGCGUACCUCCGGUGCAGCGCAGCCACAACUUAUUUUCGCGGGAUUCGAGGCCCUCGACGAAGACCCCUUCUGGGUUCCGGCUACCGAGGAAGAAUUGGAGGAUCUGGGUGAGUUAGCCGACAGGGAGAACGUGGCGAAGCGGUAUAUGGAUGCAGUGAGGACUCGAAAGGGACUGGUGGUCCAGGGAAGGAAAUUGAUUGAUGCGGAGAAGCAGAAGACGCUGAAGAAGUAA